AGUACAGAAAGCAUCUCCAGUGAAGCAAUACAGCAAGGUGACUGUUCACAAUGGGCGGCCCAGCGAGGGCCCUCCUGGGCGGGUUCAGCACCACCACCUCCUCCCUGGACGUCGGGAGUCGGAUGGCCUGGCCGAGCAGCGGCCCCCUGGACUUCAACCAGACCUUGUCGUGGGGCUUCGGGCUGGGAGGCGGCAGCGGAGGUGCGGGCGCAGCAGCCAUGAGCUUGGGCUUGGACAACGCCACCACCCAGGAGACGGUCAGCAGGGCGGCCAUCAAGGAGAAGAACUGGCCGGCGCUGCUCAUCCUCGUCAUCAUCGCGCUGACGAUCGGCGGGAACAUCUUGGUGAUCCUGGCGGUGUCGCUGGAGAAGAAGCUCCAGAACGCCACCAACUUCUUCCUGAGGUCCCUGGCCGUGGCGGACAUGCUCGUAGGCAUCCUGGUCAUGCCGAUCUCCCUCAUCAACAUCCUCUAUGACUACGCCUGGCCCCUCCCCAGCGCCCUGUGCCCCAUCUGGAUCUACCUGGACGUGCUGUUCUCCACCGCCUCCAUCAUGCACCUGUGCGCCAUCUCGCUGGACCGCUACGUGGCCAUCCGCAACCCCAUCGAGCACAGCCGCUUCAACUCCAGAACCAAAGCCAUGAUGAAGAUCGCGGCCGUCUGGACCAUCUCUAUAGGAGUGUCGAUGCCCAUUCCAGUGAUCGGCCUCCACAACGAGGACAAAGUCUUUGUCAACGGCAGCUGCGUCCUCAACGAGGAGCGCUUCAUGCUGAUCGGCUCCUUCGUGGCCUUCUUCAUCCCCCUGGUCAUCAUGGUGGUGACGUACUGCCUCACCAUACAGGUGCUCCAGAGGCAAGCCACCGUCUUCCUGUACGAGGCCAAGGCUUCCUCCCAGCAGCCUUUGCACACACCAGCAAUGACAAACACACUACAGCCUCCACCCAGCACCUUCCACCUUCCUCAGAUCAACACACUUGCUCCUCCAGACUCACAAGAGCUGAAGCCCCCGCCCCCCCAGAGCAGACGAAACACCCUGAGCUGCCUGAAGGGGGCGGAGCCCAGCAUCCUGCUCAGCGCCUCCACCUCGGACAGCAUCAGCAUCAUCCCCAGCUCCGAGGUGGCGUCGCAGCUCAGCUCGCCCGCCGCCGGCCCGGGCCGGAGCGACGCGUCCGGUUGCCACGGGCGACGGGGGAUGAUGCAGGCCAUCAAAAACGAGAGGCGGGCCUCAAAGGUUCUUGGAAUUGUCUUCUUCCUCUUCCUCAUCAUGUGGUGUCCCUUCUUCAUCACCAACGUCACCUUCGUGCUGUGCCGCGACUCCUGCAACGAGACGCUCCUCAACGACCUCCUCAACGUCUUCGUGUGGGUGGGGUACAUCUCCUCGGGGGUCAACCCUCUGGUCUACACCCUCUUCAAUAAGACCUACAGGAGAGCGUUCUCCAGCUACAUCAGGUGCCAGUACAAAGUCGGAGCCAACGCGGCGGCGCAGAGCUGCAAGACGCUCCUGGUUCCCCCGCCGUGCCCGUCGCACGCCGUCACCCCGCUUCUGAUGGGCAGCCACGGUAAAGCAGGGGUGGACCGCAACAGUAACUGUCGUAACGGAGGGCGGGGGGACAACGGGAGGCUGGCGGUGGACCCGGAGGACACGACGGACGACGGCACGCAGAUCGGGAUCGCGUCGCAGAGCCUCUCCGAGUGCCUCAACGUCGGCAUGCUCUCGGAGACGGAGCCGGAAACGGAGCUGGAGCAGGACCUGUCGCUCAUCAGCUACAGCUCCGCCUCCAGAGAACACACGAGCAGCGUCUGACUCAACCACUUGUUGUUUCCCGUCUUCUUUU